UGUCAACUAAAUUCCGGUAAUUUCCACACUCUUGUCCGUACUUGCCUAUAUAAACAUACACACCCUCAUAAAACAUAUAUCAAAAUUUCACAUUAUUGCUCGUCAUACCACACACUCAUAUAAACUCUUGACCUUUGUCUAACAACGAUCUAGGAGUAAACAUAUAUUAUAAUUUUCUGAUUUCUGUUUAUAUGGCUGAAGAGUUUCAAGCGACGGCAGCAAUUUGCGGCGGCGGAGGCAGCGCGUGGUGGAAUUCGCCGAGGAGCGUUAUGUCUCCUUCGGAUCAUUUCUUGUCGCCUUGCUUCGGAGCUGCAAUCACUUCCGAUGAUUUUGCCUCUCAAGAGAAUAAUAUCAAAUCUAGGAUGACUUGUACGGACAACAACAUCGUUUUCGGGCAGCGAGAGGCGGAUUCCGACAGUGGAGGAAGCACCGUGACGAUUGACUCGACGUUGCAAAUGAUGGGUCUAGGGUUUUCCUCAAACUCUUCUUCAGAUUGGAACCAAACCAUUUUACAAGAAGACUUAAACUCAAGCUUCAUAAGGAGCUCACAAGACCAAGAUCAUAGCCAAGGAUUCUUAUCUACAACUACUUCACCUUAUCUUCUUAAUCCGGCUUGUUCUUCAUCAUCAUCAACUUCUUCUUCCUCGAGCUUGUUACGAAGCUUUUAUGAUCCUGAACCGAGUCCGUACAACUUUGUCUCCACCACUGGUUCUUCAAUCAACGACCAUCAACUCUCUUGGGCUAAUAAGACAACUAAUCAUCAUCAAGCUGCUUAUGGACUAAUUAACAACUUCUCUAACAACACAAACUCUCAACCCUUUUGGAGUUCUAACUUAAACAACACGACGCAAAACAGUUUUGUCACCACUCCGCAGAUAAUCUCUACUCGUGUUGAGGAUAAAACUAAGAAUAUGAAGACAAGAGGUCCGAGUGAGUCUUUGAAGAAAGCAAAAGAUAAUGAAUCUGCGUCGAAGAAACAGAGAGUUACCACGCCUUCACCAUUGCCAACUUUUAAGGUGAGAAAAGAGAAUCUAAGGGACCAGAUUACUUCAUUACAACAGCUAGUUUCACCUUUCGGAAAGACAGAUACUGCAUCUGUUCUCCAAGAAGCUAUAGAGUACAUCAAGUUCCUCCACGAUCAAGUCACUGUUCUAAGUACUCCAUACAUGAAACAAGGUGCCUCAAUCCAACAACAACAACAGAUAUCUGGCAAAUCGAAUAUUCAAGAUGGAAACGAGAAUCAAGAACUAAGAGCACACGGCCUGUGUCUCGUCCCGUUAUCAAGCACUUUUCCGGUGGCAAAUGAAACAACCGCCGAUUUUUGGACACCAACAUUUGGUGGAAACAAUUUCAGGUAGAGAAAAUGGACAUAUACCACACGGUUCUUUAUUAGCAUCAAAAUACUAAUUAAUAAUUGUUAAAUAAUAAUAAACAAAAGAGUAAAAUUCGCAAGUCAUGAUCAAAGAUUGAAUCAUUACUUGGAGAAAAAGUAGAGAUGGAAGAAGGAGGUGACUCUUCAAAGGUGGGCAGAGGCAACAAUGGUGCUGGAGGGGACCAACUACAAAAGUAUGAAUGAUUUAGGGCUUAGAAAAAUGGGAUUAUCUAUCAUAAACCAAUAGGGUCCAUUUUAGGAAAAAACAUGUAUAUAUAUAUAAAUAUAUAUAAUGAUGAUAAUAAUUAAGCUAAAUUUGUUUUUAAUUCUAUUUAGGUGAUUAAAGAGAGAAGGUUAUGGUUGUCAAGACGGAUGGGAACAUAUGCUAAAUUCAGCUUGAAGACUCUAAAGCAUGACAAUAAUUUUAAUGUAUUUUCUUCUUCUUCUUUUUUUUUGUCUUUUAAUUCACUAUUUCGUAGGGAGGUUAUUGCUGAAUUUAGCAGAUAUGGGUUGUUUUUAUGUUGAAGAACCUUUUGUUCCUGUCUUUGUUCUUGAAUAUAAAUAUACAUAUUUUUUUGCCGUUGGUGC